UUUCCUUUUCCCAUCAACAUACACCAUGACACAGUCCUGGAUUGUAAAUGGGGAUUUUGGCUGUAAGACAAUUUUGCUACAUGUUGCUCACUCCACAGUUAGACCUCAAAUGAGAGGCUCUAAUGUAUGGUGCUGCAAAUUAUGAGGAACGAAAAUCACAUUUUGGCUUUUAUUGCUCAUCAAUUUGCUGUCCCCUAAAUCUUGAUCAUCUCUAAUAGAAAUCAUGCAAACAUGAACAUGAGGAAAGAGGCCACCAUUUUAGCAGGAAAACAAAUGUGUAAAGCUAAGAGAGCAAAUGAUGACAGUAAAUUUAAGAGACGUACCAGAACCAACAUUUGCAGUGUCGGCACCCUCCCUGGAUUCACUCCCUGUCCCUUCCUUUGCUGCAAGUGAACAGUUUCCCCACCCUACCACUCAGGAAGACGAAAGAAAUGGAAAGGAAGGAGACAUUGCUUUGCUCCCAGAUGUUGCACAGAGGAGGAGGUUUCACUGGAAAGACAACAUCUGCAUUGUGAGCCCAGGACUGAAGCAGCCAAUAGGAAUUGCUGUGCUCCGUGGUGAUGUCUCAGGUUUCAGGCACGUGGACACGGGAGCCCCGCCCCCACCUAUUGUUCCCCUCCUGCUGCCAAGGUUUCCGGGGCAACCAGCGGGCGGCUCGAAUCAGAGCGAGAAGCUGCUCGGGAUCUGCCCCUCCCCCUCCCUCCGGCGGCAAUUGCUGAAUCAGAAGCUGAACAUGGUUUUCAGAAGAGGAGAUUUUGCAGUUUACAAACUGAAACCAAACGUCACUCAGGAUCUGAGAGAGUUACCAAACGUAUCACAACCUGAAUACAACAGAAUAUUGGACAUGGAAGGAGAAAGCACUGUUCCCAGUGGGGAGAAACUGGUUCUUUUUUGGGUAAGGCUUCAAUCAAUCAUCUGGCUUAUCAGAAUGUAACACACUCAUAAUGAUUAGAAGCCAUGGAGAUGAGGGGAUUGUGGUAAAGACUUCUUUCAUCCAUCAGUACUGAAAAAUCAUCAGCGUAGUUACACCAGGAAGAAGCCAUUCACCUGUUCUGAGUGUGGAGAGAGACUCACUCAAAUCAUCCACCCUGCUGACACACCAGAGUGUGGCAAGAGGCUGUUCACCCCCACAGAGUGUGGAAAGAGAUUUAUCAAUUCUUCAAACCUGGUGACACACCGGCAAGUUCACACUGAUGAGUGACCUUUUAAAUGCCCAGUCUGCAGGAAGUGCUAUGAAAGGUCUGGGGAACUAAUGCUCCAUCAAUGUGCUCACACUGAAAGAGACUGUUUGGGUGUCCUGACUGUGGGACAACAUUUCAGUGAUCAUCUCGGCUCACUGUAUACCAUUACGUUCACAUUAGGGAGAAGCCCUUUACCUGCUCUGACCGUGGGAGGGAAGUCAGUCAGUCACCCCAUCUGCUGAGGCACCAGCACAUUCACACUGUGCAGUGACCAUUCACCUGCCCCAGCUGUGGGAAGGGAAUCACACAGGUGUCAUAUCUGCUGAGUGACCAGAGAGUUCACAAGAAACUGCAGUGAUUGGGCUUUACUAUUAACCGCGUUCAGGAAUUAACCAGGUUCAUUGUGAUCUGUUUCUGCUGAUAUUAAUAACCACCUGUUCAGGUAUAUGUUAAUGUAGAUACGUAUCAAAUAAACCAGUUUUGUGUAAAAUACAA